UGAAAUUGUAGAAGUCAGAUUUUGAACAGUCAGAUUGAACAGCAUAGGAGUUUGCACGGGGAGCGGAAAAAAGGCGAGAGGAGAUCCAGCUGCAACAGGCAUCUUUUAAACUGUCUCUUAGUGGAGAUUGUUGGCUUCAUUUAAAGAGUUGGACCUGCUAAUGUAACUGGACCUGUGGCAUAGCGAAGCAAUACAUCUUAUGUUGCUUUAACUUAUGAAUUCGUGGCUUUGCAUAGUUAUGCCGUGAGCUUGUGCUGUGAGGUUCUCAACAUUUCUCUCAUAGCUAUUUAAGACCGUACGACGCUUGUUGAUCAUAAAUCAUAUGUUCAAUUAGCAAAUCUUUAUCUCAGUCCAGUGUGAAAUAAUCAUUAGCACUGGCCAUUUCGUGGGAUGGGACUCAACAAACUCUGAAGAUCGAUAGUCCUAGCACGCGUCACCAGGCAACAGGAACGACACCAAAGUGAUUGCGGCACAGACCACCAACAUACCAUCCAUGAGUUAAAGGGAGAGAGAGAGGGAAAGAGCUGCGAGUAGAGAGAACUGAAAACAACCUUUGUCUUACAAACCUGUACUGAAACUAAACUUGAAGGGAGACAGCAAGAGAGAGUGUGAGAUCGAGAACCAAAGAGGUUGUUAAAGGAGUGGCUGAGAGAUAGGAAGAGGAAAAGAAGACCAAAACUAAGAGGAAAGGAAAGAAAAAGAUGGAGCACAGUUCUUUAGACCAGUCAGCCACGGUGGAUGAACUUGUUGAUGCAUGCAUCCAAGCAUUUGAUGAGAAGGGCACUCUGAAAGAACCUUCCUUGGUGCGCAUGUUCCUAAUGAUGCACCCAUGGUACCUUCCCUCCACCGAAAUGGCAAAGAAACUCUUGUUGAAGUCACAGGAGGAGAACUGCACUGCUGAGCUCAGAACAAAAAUAUGCCAUCUUGUCAAGUACUGGAUUUCAGAGUUCCCAGCAGAGUUCAAUCUGAACCCAGCGCUGGCAGACCAGAUCAAAGACCUGAAGGACCUCUUGACCACUGAGGGGAAUGAGCGCCAAAGUCAGCUCAUAGACAUUGACAGUGUGCCAUCAUACAAGUGGAAGCGUCAGGUGACCCAGCGUGUGCCCUCCAUGUCCAAGAAGAGGAAGAUGUCUCUGCUUUUUGACCACCUAGACUCAUCAGAAUUGGCUGAACACCUCACCUACCUGGAGUACAAAUCUUUCUGCAAGAUUCUAUUCCAGGACUACCACAGCUUUGUGAUGCACGGCUGCACUGUGGAUAACCCCAUCCUGGAGCGCUUCAUCACCCUCUUCAACAGUGUGUCACAGUGGAUUCAACUUAUGGUCCUCACCAAGCCCACUGCUCCACAAAGAGCUGCCGUCAUCUCGCACUUCAUCCGGGUGGCCCAGAAACUUCUUCAGCAGCAGAACUUUAACACACUGAUGGCUGUGGUAGGCGGUCUUAGUAACAGCUCUAUCUCUCGUCUCAAAGAAACCCAGACACACAUCAGUUCAGAAACAAACAAGGUGUUCAAUAGUUUGAUUGAACUAGUGACGUCAUGCGGCAACUACAGCCAGUACCGCAAGCGUUUCUCAGAGUGCACAGGCUUCCGUUUCCCUAUACUGGGGGUGCACCUCAAAGACCUGAUUGCUGUACACGUGGCACUGGCUGACUGGGUUGACCCAGAGAAAACUCGGGUUAAUUUAGUCAAGACACAGCAGUUGUAUGCUAUCCUACAGGAUCUGGCACUGGUCCAAACCAUGCCACCUAACACAGACGCUAACACUGACCUGCUUAACCUCCUCACGGUAUCACUUGACCAGUACCACACAGAAGAGGAGAUUUACCAGCUUUCUUUGCAGAGAGAACCUCGCAGUUCCAAGCCAGCGCAGAACUCCAGCCCUGCCACUGCUCCCACCCCUAAGCCCUCCAUGAUUGAUGAGUGGGCAGCAUCGGUGAAGCCCAAAGCUGAUCCAGCAGUCAUCAACAAACACAUUGAGAAGAUGGUGGACUCAGUCUUCAAGAACUUUGAUACAGAUGGAGAUGGCCACAUCUCUAGAGAAGAGUUUGAGAUAAUCAGGAACAACUUCCCAUACCUCAGCAAGUUUGGAGAACUGGACAAGAACCAGGAUGGGAAGAUCAGUCGAGAAGAGAUGAUUGACUAUUUCAUGAAGGCCAGCUCCUUGCUCAACUGUAAGAUGGGGUUCAUACACACCUUCAAUGAGACCACGUAUGUCAAGCCCACCUUCUGCGAGCACUGUGCUGGCUUUAUUUGGGGUUUCUACAAACAAGGCUACAAGUGCAAAGCGUGUGGAGUGAACUGUCAUAAGGCGUGUCGUGGUCGCCUGGCAGUGGAAUGUCGCAAGCGGACCAAAAGCAUCAGCCAUGAGACACCACCAACUCUCCAGGCUCGCUCUUACAGCUUCCCCCCUCCUGCCAACACCCCUCCUAAUCUACAAAACACAGUAAUUACAGAGGAGGACCUAGAGUCAGUCGAGGAGGGUGUCUUUGACAUUCAUCUAUAACUAGGUGAGAAGAAAGUUUUUCACGAAUAACAAGUCAAAUUAUUCUUAUAGCUAUAGUGACAGUUAUGAAUAUUUUGCCUAUCUUAUCAAUUAAUUAGGCUACUCUAAGGUGUGAUAUAAUGUGUUGGUAACCCAGAAAAUAUAAAUGUGAAGUGGUACAAUAAUAGAUCAUUGUCUUUUGUCCUGAACUGGAAUUUGUCACAAACACACACACACAUCAUGCAUAUACAAAACUGCCCAAAUCCUAAAAAGUCAACUAUGUACAUCCGAUUGGUAAGUAAGACAAUAGAAGAGACAACACAAGAUACCUACAUGCUGUCAUCUAGUGGACAAUACUGCAAUUACAAAUUCAAGAACUCCCUGCAAAAUUAACCAACACUCUGAGUGUGAGAUUUUCCAGAAUGUUUUCUGGACAUGUUGUUUGGUUGGUAAUUCUACAUUUUGAUCCUGCUUUGUGGUGUAUAUUACUUGCUGAAUAUAAAAUUGCUUAAACACUGAAUUUAGAAAAAAUCCAUAAAAUUGUAUUUUAGAAUGGUUAUUGGGAGUCAUAUUUUGAUAACAUGUUGCUGUAUACAAUUUGCCUUGUAUGUUUUAAAUUCUUUGUUAAAAACGAAAGAGGUGCUGUUACUGCCAAGAGUGUAUACUUGUCACUCAAGUUAACUAAUAUGCAUUCUCAGUUUGAAUGUAAUUUGAAUACUAUUGUAUUUCUUUCAUGUUUAACUGAAUAUCAAUUACUGUCCUAUGGUGAUAACUGUGGUGUGUACAGUAUAAGACUAUGAUUGACGUCUCAGUGCACUGAUAUUUCUAUCCUCUUGCAGUACUUUGAAUGCAGUGGAAACAGUACAAUCAUCCUGAGAAAUCAAAUCUAUUUUAAUGGAAGUCUUAUUAAACGUAUUGUUUGUUUACGCAUGCUUCUUGCUAAGUGGUUAUCUUUGCUGUUGAUAUAUAUUUAUGUAGCACGCAUAUUUAUAUUUUUAAAUGGAAGCACAGAGUUUUGAAAGUGAAGUUGAUAAAAAAGAACAGAGGUUUGGGCACACAGUAAUGAAAAAUGGGUUUGAGUCAAAAAAUGUUAAUGAAACAUUUGGUUGACUAAAUAACUGAAAAACGAAAUACAUUUUAUUAUAUAUAGCCUACUUGAGAACUGUAAAAACUCAAAUUAUCUACAAACAAAAAUUAUCUAAAUACUGUCUUAACUGUCUCUGGUCUGUUUUCGCAGUGUUAAAUCUACAAUGCAUCACUCAUAUUUGUUUUAAUAAGAAUUUUCAACAUGGCUCUGAAA